AUGACCAGGGGUCUGGUGGGCAUAGGGGGCAUCCAGAGUGAGAAGACUAUGCAAUGCCUGAAGGACCACCUGGCCUCCUACUGGAGAGGUGCCCGCAUUGUUCUGCAGAUUGACAAUGCCCACCUUGCUGUUGAUGACUUCAGAGUCAAGUGUGAGAUGGAGUUGGCCAUGCACCAGUCUGUGGAGAAUGGCAUCAAUGGGCUCCGAAAGGUCACUGAUGACACCAAUAUCACGUGGCUGCAGCUGGAGACAGAGACCAAGGCUCUCAAGGAGGAGAUGCUCUUCAUGAAGAAGAACCAUGAGGAGGAAGUAAAUGGUUUACAAAACCAGAUUGCAAAUUCUGGGUUGACCAUUGAGUUGGAUGCCCCCAAAUCUCAGGACCUUGGCAAAAUCAUGGCAGACAUCUGGGCCCAGUAUGACGAGGUAGCUUGGAAGAACCAAGAGGAGCUAGACAAGUACUGGUCCCAUCAGACUGAAGAGAACACCACAUUGGUCACCUUUCAGACUGCUGAGAUAGACACUCCUGAGAUGACACUAAUGGAACUGAUACGUACGGUCCAGUCAUUGAAGACUGACCUGGACUCAGUGAGGAAUCUGAAGGUCAGUUUGGAGAACAGCCCAAGGGAGGUAGCGAUGCACUAUGCCAAUGGGUGGAACAACUCAAUGGGAUCCUGCUGCACCUGGAGUCAGAGUGGGGCCCAGACUCAGGCUGAGGGGCAGCGCCAGGCCCAGGAGUAUGAAGCCCUGCUGAACAUCAAGGUCAAGCUGGAGGCUGAGAUUGCCACCUAG